AUGGCGCAGCAAGCGCAGGCGGCCAUGGAAGAUCGCCACGGGGCGCUUAUCCAGGGUCUGUACUCCAAUACUGCGCGGCAGACCGAGUUUGAAAUCUCGAACCUGCGGGCCCACUGUGAGUUCCACGAUGACGUCGUCUUCGAAGAGACGCCGCGAGUGCGACGGAAGCGGAAGACAACGCGCCUUGAGCAAGAGACGUCCUGCAAUCGCCUCACGAAGACCGUGGGCCAGCACCGAGUUGAGAUGGCGAUGCGUGCAAAGGCUGAGGAGUCGAUACGAGCAAGCCGAGCAAGCCAACUAAGCCAACUAAGCCAGGCAAGCCAGGAGGUAAGAGGUUCAAAAAGUCAAGGUGACCUCGCCAGAGCCAUUCAAGAGAAGUUGGGCCAGAAGAUUGCGGCCGGCAAGAAGUCGGCGAUACAGGCGAUCCAGCCUGAGGCCCCGGAAUCCCCGAAGUCAAGGAGGAUCCCACGCUCGGAAACAUCCUCCUUUACUUCUUUGGGCAUCUACGAGGGCCCCUGGAGCUCAAAGUUUACCGCCUCACGGAGCCCUGGCGCGCUGAACCGCUGGAAGUCGGAUCAGCGGCCGGACCCCGCUUGGUACAAGGUGCAGUACAACAUGGUCCUGGGAAGUCCGCAGGUGCCAGAUUUCCAGAAGCGAAGCAGGUCACUGUCUCCCUCUGGCGGCUCUGGCGAGCCGCGGGCACUCUGCGAUGGCAGCGCCUCUCCCACGCGAAGCCCCGGGAAUCCAGGGACGUUUAACCUCACAGGCAUCGACGUUGAGAAGGACGACGAUGGCUUCAGAUUCAGCGACGACGAGUCGAAGAGGAGAGCCAUGCAACUUGCCGAAGGCUACCUGGCCAAGACGCCCAACUGGGAUCAGUACAACUCGAUGAAGGUCGGGCGCUUUCCGGCGCUCACAUACCAUCGUGUGACGGAGCCGGCAAAGGACCUCUACGAGCAGGAUUUGAAGGCGUAUCACAAGCAACGGAUACCCGCCUGGGACUUUGCAAAGAUUCCCGGGCGUCCCGGACAAGAAGAGGAUGACGUGGCGGCUCCCGGGAAGUAUGACGUGAACUACAGCGCCGUGCGUGGGAAGAUCCCCUCCGGGGUCGGCUUCGAGCGGGCCCUCCCCCGGGCUCUGUCUGAUGGUCGGCUGGGUCACUUUGCACUGCAGGCGGUGCUGCACGCAGAUGCCAAGCGAUUCCCAGGGGGUGUGCGCUUCGACACCUCUGCGUCCAAGGACUGCGUCCGCCGGAGGAUGACCCUCGUCAACGACUUCGACCGCGAGCUGCCGAGGCCAAAUCCGGCACCGAGGUCCCUGGAGUAUCAUGACACCAAUGACCCAGCAGCUUGCGAGAUCACGUUGCAUCGAAUGAUGAGCUACAACGCGGACCUCGCGGACAGCUGCGUGACGAACAGGAGGGACAUGGCGCCCCUCUACGACCGCAUGCUGCCCCGUGGCAAAGAGGCUGUGCAGGGCAUGCGAGCCCUUCAGACAGAUUUGGGUGUUCGAGGGGCUGCUGGACUCGGCUUCAUCGAGACCACAGGACAAAGAACCCUUCCGGUGGAAAAGCUCGAGGGCCGACUCGCGAACGCCGCCUACCAGCGCCCAGACGUGGGGCCGAAGUUCGAUAACCUCACCUACUUCGAAUCUCUCUGCCUGGAGACCAACCACAACCAGGGCAACAUCGUGAUUGGCUCUGGGCCGUCUUUCGAGACGCGGCCAGCGCCACGUUGUCCACGACGGGUUCGCGGGGAGAUGCACUUCCGGCGCCAGGUGCCAAAGGGCUUCUCCAAGGGCGUGAAGGAUGUGAAGGUGCAACGUCAAAGCCGUGCAUACAAGGCGAUCGACGACUGGUCUCAGCUGAUCGAAGGGGCCUCGAAGAGUGCCGAGCCUGAGAACAGUU